AUGAACAAUGAAAAUAUAAUUCAGUCAAUACAAAAUGAUAGUGAAUAUGAAUCUGAUGUUUCAUCAAUAACUGAUUAUUCAACAACAAAUAAGAAUGACUCAGAAUUAAGUUGUGAAUAUUUAGUAAAACGUAUUGAUUCAUUAACACAAGAAAAUCGUGUUCUUCAAAUUGAAGUUCAAACAUUUAAGUUACGUUUAAAAGGUUCACAACAAGAAAUCAAACAAUUAAAACAUUCAAGUAUUAAUAUGCAAGUUAAAGCUGAACAAGAAGAAGAAUUUAUUUCAAAUACACUUUUUAAAAAAAUCGAAGAAUUAAAAAAGGAAAAAGAAACUUUAGCAAAUAAUUAUGAACGUGAAGAAGAAUUUUUAACAAAUGAUUUAACAAGAAAAUUACAACAAAUUAGAGAAGAAAAAAAUACUUUAGAAAAAUCCUUAGAACAAGAACAAGCUUUACAAAUAAAUCAAUUAAUGAAAAGAAUUCAUCGUUUAGAAGCUGAAAUUACUAAUAAACAUACUACUCUUGAACAAUUAAGAAAUGAAAAAAUUGAAUUAGAAAAUACACUUGAAAAAGAACAAGAAUAUUUAGUUAAUCAUUUAUGGAAAAGAAUGGAAAAAUUAGAAGCUGAUAAAAAAUCACUUCAAUUAAAACUUCAACAACCUCAUUUACAUGCUACACAUAGUGAUCCAUCGUCAUCAUCAACGAAUUUAACUAGUAAUGAAAAAUUAACUAGUGAUUCGAAUUCAUUAGUUGAAUCAAAUUCAAUUAAUGAUAAUAUUUUAUCAAAUAAUGAUUAUGGUCAACAAUUAAAAGAAGAAGUUGAAAAACUUCGUCGAGAAUUAAUUAUUCAACGAGAAAUACAUAAAAAAAAGAUUGAUCAACUUAUUUUGGAUGAACAAAAAGCUAAAAAUGAAAAUUUACGUUUACAAAGAAAAUUACAAGUUGAAGUUGAUCGUCGAGAAGAACUUUAUAAACAAUUAAGUGAAAGUGAAUCAUCACUUGAAAUGGAUGAAGAACGAGCUUUAAAUCAAAAAUUUAAAUUAUUUUCAAAACAUGAAAAACAAACAACAAGUUCAUCAUCAUCAUCUCCUCGAUAUGAUUUAGUUCGUUCAAGAACUGCAUCUAGUCCAUCAUUUAUUAUUAAUCAAAAUUUAGAACAUCUACAAACAAGACGAUUAACAUCAAAUUGUUUAGAAUCUAAUAAUCAUAUCGAAUAG